UAAGUAACAUAUAACCAUCGCAACAAACAUAAAGAGUACUAGUUAGAAACUUGUAUUUGUCUACUAAAUAACAAACAAGCUUCUUUUUUCUCUUAUUGGUUCAUCACUUAGCUAGCUUGUUACUAUUGUCAUUUUUUCUCCAUGGCAAGAGGUGUGGAACCUUUGAUAAUAGGAAGAGUUAUAGGAGAGGUGGUCGAUAUUUUCAAUCCAAGUGUGACACUAAAUGUGACUUACAACUCAAGCAAGCAAGUUUGCAAUGGCCAUGAGCUUAUGCCUGCUGUUGUUGUCUCUAAACCUCGCGUCGAGAUCGGUGGUGAAGACAUGAGAAGCGCGUAUACUUUGAUUAUGGUAGACCCAGAUGCACCAAGCCCUAGUGAUCCAUACCUAAGAGAGCAUCUCCAUUGGAUUGUGACAGAUAUUCCAGGAACAACGGACAUUUCAUUUGGGAAAGAGAUAGUGUGCUAUGAAACACCAAAGCCAGUGGUUGGAAUCCACAGGUAUAUCUUCAUAUUGUUCAACCAAAUAAGAGGAAGGCAGACAGUUCGGUCACCGACGUCGAGGGAGUGUUUCAACACAAGAAGGUUUGCAGCUGAAAAUGGCCUUGGCCUCCCGGUCGCCGUCGUCUACUUCAAUGCACAGAGAGAAACUGCUGCUAGAAGACGAUGAUUGAUCAAUUGAUCAUCAAUUAUCAUCAUUUAUUACUAUAAUCCUAAGUAUUUUCCUUAAGCUAGCAAGAAACAUAAUAAUGUAUACACGGUGUUAAUUAUGGUGUCUCUGAAAUGUUAGUAUUUCAUGCUACAUGCAUGUUAUGAGUUAUGUUUUUCUUCAUGUUUAUGCCAACGUAGCUGGAAAUAAUCUAUUAAAACCCUAAGAUAAGGUAGCAAUGUAAUAACCUUUAAAUAUGGAUGUAAGUUAAGUAGUGUGUGUCUUUCAUAAGUAGAACUAGGUUUAUGGGUCAUAUCAAAUACUAUAUAUCAAUUAUGUGAGAUUGUGUAUAUGUAUGUCCUUUUCCCUAGAUUUAUCCUAAUGAUAUGAUAUGAUGAUCAGUUAUGAUGUACGAUGUACGAUGUACUUAAAA